GCACAACUACUAACACCUUCACCUCUUCAUCAACAACAAAGGCAAGAAAGCGUGUUUUGCCUGCACUUUCAAUUUUUGUUACCUGAUUUCACUUAUUUUUCCCAUAUCUUUUUUUUUUUUUUUGCUUUUUCAGUCAAGAGGCCUUUAGGCAGAGAGAUAAAAAAGAUGCUUGCUCUGCUUUUCUUGGUGUUACUUACUACCAGUCUAAAUUUGCAUGUUGAAGCACAAGAUAUAGGCUCAAGGAUUAAGGUGUAUGCCAACAGAGGUGACAAUAUCACUCUGCCUUGUCACCUGGAGGGUCAGUCCAGUUUGUUCGGAAACAGAAUCAAGUGGACCAAAAUGGAAAAUGACUCUACAGAAACAGACGUGCUUAUCUCCAUGGGCUUCCACAAGAAGACCUAUGGGAAUUUCCAAAACCGUGUUUACUUAUUGGAGGCAGAUGAAAAUGAUGCCACCUUGGUUCUGACUGACAUAAAUCUGAACGAUUAUGGCACCUACAUAUGUGAGGUCAUUAAUGGCUUGAAUGACAAGAUCACUGAAGUGGACCUUGAACUGCAAGGGGAAGAUUCACUUUUAUUCACAGGGGUUGUUUUCCCAUACUCCCCUCGUCGGGGGCGUUACAACCUCAACUUCCAUGAUGCCGAGGCUGCAUGCCUGGAGCAGGAUGCCGUGGUUGCCUCCUUUGAGCAGCUGUUUGAGGCAUGGAAAGGUGGCCUGGAUUGGUGCAAUGCUGGCUGGCUGAAUGAUGGAACUGUGCAGUAUCCAAUCACCAACCCCAGAGAGCCCUGCGGAGGCGCAAGGACCUCAGCUGGACUGAGAAACUAUGGUCAACGGGACAAGUCCAACAGUCGUUAUGAUGUUUUCUGCUUCACAUCCGCCCUUAAAGGACGCUUCUACUACCUGAUCCUACCAAAGAAGCUGUCCUAUGAUGAAGCUGUCCAGGCAUGCAAGAAUGAUGGAGCUGAGAUUGCAAAGGUGGGCCAUAUCUACUCUGCCUGGAAGCUGCUGGGAUACGACCGUUGUGAUGCCGGGUGGCUGGCCGAUGGUAGCGUCCGUUACCCAAUCUCCAGGCCCAGGAGGAACUGCAGUCCCACAGAGGCAGCCGUUCGCUUUGUUGGUUUCCCUGACAAAAAGCAAAAGCUGUAUGGUGUUUACUGCUACAAAACCCAGUAGUGAACUAUCUCUUAUAUCACCAACCAAAGAGCAACAAUACACAGGUCUCCACAUGAACACUUAUGAAGGACUGUUUGCAUGAACUAGCCAUAACUGUGACAAAUAUUAUUGGAAGAGAUACUCUAAAGACCAGUUUCAUAAGGUUACUUUCUCUAUACUAACUGUAAACAGAACAAGUGCUAUUUUAUCUCUCAUUUACUUUUUUAUAUGGAUUUAUACAUCAUACAUAUGAACAACAAUGCAACAACAGGAAAACAAAAAUAUAAUUUGUUAAGGAUAUUCAGCUGGAAUUAAAGACAUAUAAUUUUACAGUAAUAAUUACAAUAAAAACUUUUAGUAAGUUAAGAGUGAGUUUGUAAAGAACCUCCCUGUGAUUGGUCAUUAUGAAACUGCAAUAAAAACUUUAAAUAUUACUAAAUAUUAUAAGAUUGACAAAAAGUUUUUGCAAGGUUUUUUUUUUUUUUUUGGUACAUGACUGUACUGUGAACUUAUUUUACCUAUCUGCUUAAUAUAUCGAAUAUGAGUGUCAACAGACUUUAUUUUCAUAACUAAGUCAUGCACAUAAUUGCAUUGUUUUAUUGUAAGGCUCAUCACUCAUUGCCUUCCCUCUUCGCUAUUUGUGAUUUCCUCAACCAUUACUUGUUCUGUUAUUGUUUUUAUCUUUAGAGGCACAUUAUUCCUCAAUUCUUGUCCUUGAUGGCCUUGGUGAAGGUUUUUUUUUUUGUUUGUUUUGUUUUGUUUUUUACUCUGAAAAGAUCUUUAAAUGUGUUCCUUUCUGCAUACAAUUUGACAAGUAUCUAAUCACAGGCAGUGACAGAAUUUUACAAACUGCUGCAUGUGAUGUAUUGGACUUUGUUGUAUUGGCAGAGUACUACAAACAGAACUCAAACAGAGAGGCACGUGAGAUUCUAUAAGGACCCAGUUGUAUAUUUGCAACAACAUUUCAAGACUAGCUUGAGCCAUACACCGAUCAGCCUCGUGCCGCCAAAACAGCGCUAACCCGCAUCUCAGAAUAGCAUUCUGAGAUGCUAUU